AUGUGCUACCAGCUGGUGGAACGAUUCUCGGCGUGCAGAUGCCUCUACUUUCAGCACGCGGUAGACCCGUGUGAAGCAUACGGCCAGCGCGGCCACGUGGUGCAGGAGAAAAUCGUCCUGGUCGGCUACACCUGUACCCGACACUCCUUGCGAUGCACCGGAAAUAGCGCUCGAGACCCGACCCUGCCGGAUUCAGGAUACUCCAGCAUCAAGGGUUAA